AUGAAAAUAGAAGAGAUAAAAGAUAGAAGAGAUUUUUUAUGUGAACAAAAAGAAAGAUUAGAAACUAAGUUAAGCGAAUAUUUAGAUGAAAACAAAGAGUUAAUAAAUACAUAUACUAAAAAUGUAGAUUAUUCAUGUAACAUUAAUAAUUUGGAUGUAUAUGUUGAAUACAGAAGAGACAAAAUAAUAGCUAAUUGUAAUUUGAUGUUGAAAAUGAUACUUGAGAGUAACCUUUGUUACUCUAAGAUGAAGAUUUUUUCAGAUAAAAUCAACAGUUUAAUUCUGAUAAAACAUAUCUUUGAGUUGUUUAAUCCCAGAGAAAAUUUAACUAAACCAACAGCUAAUCUUAAAAAUUACAUAGAAUUAAAUAUAAACAAUGGAAAUGUAAAAGUUAAUGAUAAAACACUAAUGAUUGAUUUUAAUUUAAAACAAUACAAAGAGAUAGAAUGUUUAUUUGAUAAACCAUUUGUAAUGUUUAUUGAUCCAUAUGAUCUUGGGGUUGACGUGGCAGGUGGGAAGUGUAAUUUUAUAUUAGAUGCUAUCAAAAUACUUAACAAAUUAACCAUUCCUAAGUUAAUGGAACUUUCCUCAUAUGACUACUAUCAAACCUAUGGAUAUAGUGAAAUAUUAUCAGAUGAGUUGCCAAUGGAGUUGUUUAAAGUGAUAGAAAAUACUGUUGAAAGUUUGGAUAAAGAAAGAAUAUGUUUAACACUAAACUAUCUAUUUUUAAUAGCACCACCACUUAUCAAAUCUUUUGAAGUGGGGAAAUACAAAAAACUUCCAUACUUUUAUUUUAUGGAAUGGACACUUAAUAAAUAG